CUCCUCACAAACCUAUAUGUGUAUAUAUAGAUAUAGAUACACAAGAGAGGCUUCUUACAGAGACUUCAUCAUCAUCACCUCUUAAAUCCACUUAUAUAAAUCUAUUGGUUUAACAUAUAUUGGCAAAGAUCGAGUUAGCUUUGAUAUAUAGAAUGGCGAGCGUUGGUGGCGCUGCCGGAGCUGUGUGUUGGGUCUUAGUAGUGUUGGUGGGUUCGGCUGUGCCGAGCUUGGCCGCCGUUUACACCGUCGGCGAGGCGAGUGGAUGGACGAUCGGCGCUGAUUACAGCACCUGGACUAGUGACAAGACCUUCUCCGUCGGCGACAGUCUCGUGUUCAACUAUGGAAGCGGCCACACGGUGGAUGAAGUGAGCGAAAGCGAUUACAAGACGUGCACUGUCGGCAACGCGCUCACAACCGACAGCAGCGGCGCCACCACCGUCGCUCUCAAGACUGCCGGCACGCAUUACUUCAUAUGCGGCGUGGUGGGCCACUGCGGCAGUGGCAUGAAGCUAGCCGUCACAGUCGCCGCCGCAGGAGGACCCUCCACCACACCCUCGUCCGGAAGUGCCUCUCCCGACGCCCCCACAACCACCACUUCCCGGGCUCCGCCCACGACCACGGUCACCACGCCGUCUGCGCACAAUUCUCCGGCAUCGAUGUCUUCCUCACAGAUUGCAGGCCCGUCUCCUCUCGUAGCUACACUCACUGUUUCCUGGAUUGCGUUGUUCAAGUUUGUUCUUCGAUGGAUUUAAUUUUGCAUGGAGACAGUGGUCUGGAUUUGUCGAUCUCUCAGGAUCAUAUUGAGAUUUUCUUCUUGUUGUACGUUAAUCAUGAUUAGUGAUGAUCGAACUGAGUAGGGUGUUUGCGA